UGUCGACACUUUAACAGCGCAGCUUCGCCGGGCGGGAUUUCCGCAAUAAUAUCAAGUAUGGCGAAGACAUACGACUAUUUGUUUAAAUUACUGUUAAUAGGCGACUCUGGUGUCGGGAAGACCUGUGUCCUGUUCAGGUUUUCAGAAGACGCCUUCAAUUCAACGUUUAUCUCAACUAUAGGAAUUGAUUUCAAGAUCAGGACAAUAGAGCUCGACGGCAAGAAGAUAAAGUUGCAGAUAUGGGAUACUGCUGGCCAGGAGCGCUUCCGAACAAUCACAACCGCCUACUACAGAGGAGCAAUGGGCAUCAUGCUUGUCUACGACAUCACCAACGAGAAGUCUUUUGAAAAUAUCAAGAACUGGAUAAGAAACAUAGAGGAGCAUGCAUCAUCUGAUGUUGAGAAGAUGGUCCUUGGCAACAAGUGUGACAUCAAUGACAAGCGGCAGGUGUCCAAAGACAGAGGGGAGAAGCUUGCAUUGGAGUACGGGAUAAAGUUCAUGGAGACCAGUGCAAAGGCCAACAUCAACGUUGAGAAUUCAUUUCUGACACUUGCAAGAGACAUCAAAUCCAAAAUGGACACAAAAUUGGAGGGCAACACGCCGCAGGGGACCAGUCACGGAGUCAAGAUCUCAGAGCCUCAGAAAAAGACCAGCUUCUUCCGCUGUAGCUUACUCUGAGGACUGAGGCCUUCAACAACUGGCUGGACAUAAAUGGACUGUGCUUGCUGUUAGCACUUCCUUUCCCCUUCCCUCUUUUGACCGAUCCACGGCCUGUCCUCCCAGUCCACACACAAACCAUAAUAUUCCAAGUAAGCGGAGGAGGUCCCCUCCUCUCUUCUUCUUCCUCUGAAAGCUUCCAGUGGUGCAUCUCUUCCAUUUUUAGGAGAUCGGUUGUCUUCAUUGGUCAGAGUGCUUGACUGGUUGAGGACUCAGCCAGGAGUGUAUUCUCCACAGCUUCCUUUUCACAGAAAGACAAGCUCUUACUCCUGAUGUUAGUCUCUUUGUACCACACACUCAUAUUUCACACAGCCAGUAGCACAACCGAGGACGAGAAACCGUUGAAUUUAUGUCAAAGUUAUGGGAUUCCAAUUACAAAAAGUAAUAUCUAUAUCUAUUUUUUACGAGUGCUCUUUCCCCUAUUUGUGUUAUAAAUGCUAACCAGAGACUGAAAGGCUUGCACUUUAGUGAAACAGAGCUGCACAUGCUUUCAUUUUCACCUGAGCUGUCCAGAAUCCCUCAAAGAGGCAGUCCCAGAUCAGAGAAGAAUCAGAUUGGAAGGUUUUCAAUGUGAGCUCUGUUCUUCGCGCGUUUGUCAUCCUUAGCAAUCAUUCGAUGCGUUUCAUCUUGUCUCAUUCAUUACACAAUGCCUCCAACUUUGAUUAACCUUUCCGCAAUAGCUCUCAGGUGCUGGGAGGCGCUUUGGCAAUGCAAAAACUAGAAAUACAAUCCAGAUUUUUGACUGCGUAGAUUAAGCACGGCUGUUAAAUAAAUAUCAGUGUUGUUGAGAAGACAAGAUUCUGCUGAAGCUUUGUGUGGUUAAGAGACCAGCAAGAACUUCUUGUCAUGUUAAAUUGCUCAGUGAAUAGGUGUCAAAAUUGAAAGUAUGCUUAAUCUAUAUUUUACAGAAAUAUCAAGAUAUGCUGCAAAUAUAUAUAUAUCGCCCACAGUAGAGUUCUUUGUAAUAAGAGCCGAGGCCAUAUUUAGUAAUUAUUUAAUAAUCAGUAAGUCUAAAACUUAUUCCCAAGAAUAAUACAUUUAUUUUUUGUUCUAAAAAUGUCAGAAAAUAUCUUAGAGAGAGUUUUCUUAUGUCUAAGCUGAAGCUUCUUUUUGUCAAAUUACCUGUUAAAAAAAACACCCUAAAAACAUUUAAUUUCCUAUCAUGUAAGGUAAAGAAAGAAAGCAAAUCCACACGAUUGAGAAUGUAGAAAUGGCAACAACAUUUAUUAUUUAUGCUUAAUGAUUCACCUUAAAGGUGAAUAUCAAAAUAUGACCGGGCAAUUUAUGUUUGAAAAAAAAAAAAAAAGAACAGCUUGUCCUCUAAAUUGGUUUGCUUGAAAGUGUCGCCUUUUAAAUUUGACUCGGAAGUUUCUGAAGCAGCUCUGAUUCACAGUAAAGCUAAAUGACGUCCUGGUUACACUGAUCAACAAAUCCAAGUCUAGCACUGUAAGCCCCCUUCUUCUUCUUCUCCUGCUAUCCACGCAGCUCUCCUUGCACUUUACCAGUAACUCGUGUUUUGUGUGUAGUCUGUGCCAAGUGAUAGUUUUGCAAUACAACAAUACAAUUACUUAGUUUAAAAAAAAAAAAGUGUUAAUCUAUUGAGUCUUUGUAGGAUGACGGGCAUAACUCCUAAAUUUUACUACACCUUAAUCUCCUUCUGCUAUCUCACUGCUUGUGAAGCACUGUCCCGGUUUUAGAUCACUGACAAAAAUGCCCUGUCAUACUUAAAUAUAUAUAUAUAUUUAUAUAAAAAGAAUAAUCAUUUGCAAGCCUGUGUUUCUAUGCUACUGCCCUGCCAAACUGUAGUUUAAAAAGUGAUUGUUUUCCCCGUGUACACUGGCUCCAUGUAAGCUCCAGACGGUCCCAUAGUUAGCUGUUGUACAUUUUCCUGUGUGUUUGUGUUUGAUCAUAGUUUGACAGCUAGGUGGCACCGCAGGCAAAGUAGACGUAACAGAUGAGCACCUGAACUCCAAUUAUAAUCAGUAUUUUAUUAAGAACACGAGCCAUAGUGAACUCGACGUGUGUUAUCCAUGCACCCUCUUUUUAACAUUUAUGUCUCCGACUUUUUCCACCAUUCCUCAUGUUCCGUUCCUGCAUUUGUUGCUAGUCUGAAAAUCCAACUCCUGUAUGCACAAUAUCGAGGGAGGAUCAGCUUUUGCUUGCCUGCACUUUUUUUUUUUUAAAUAUCAAAUCAUUUGGGACCUCAUGACUACCAUGGCCAUUUGUCUUAACCGCUAAUACUCAGUUCUGUCAUAGGUGAGCUAUGCAUUGUGAAUCUUGGACCUGUGCAUAUUUGUGUGAAGUAAGUUUUCAGACAUACUUGUAGUCCUGUACAGUUGAAUGUAUGGGUUUGUUUUUUGUUUGUUUGUUUUGCAUCAUUCGCUGAGUCUUCAACAGGCACUGCUAAAUCAAUGUGGGUGAAGUUUAGAGUGAUGAAAGGUUGAGUAGGAAGAGUCUUGAUGUUGAAAUGUGGAGACGGAGCCGCCGUCUCGUUGGAGUGAUGCCGUAGCUUUAAGUCAGGAACAGAAACGUAGGGAGGAGACUUUUGUGGGACUCAGCGCUGUAUCAUUUGUCGGCUGAAAUGAUACCUUCUCUUUGAUUUUGUUUUGAAAUCAUAUCCUCUUUCUUAAGACUCCUAUCGCACAUCAUAUUAUACUGUACACCCCCUUUUUACAGCCAUAUUUUCAUUCCAUCUAUUGGGAAGUACACAGGGAGAAUGAAAAAUUACAUUUUGAAAAAAAGAGAAAUAAACACACAUUGUAAAUACCACAUUGAAAAAAAGAGAUCUACUUAAAGUGUACUGUACUUUCUAAACCCAUAUGAUAAUUUAUCUACAAUUUGUAGAUAUGUGUACUUUUGAUUUAAUAAAAUAAGAUGAUAAAAUUUA